UGUUAACACUAAUGUUCCCCUGGCGAAUGUUUGCGGAAGUGGAAACUUGAACAAAUAAACAGUUCAAUGAAUCAUCUCUGUUGUAUGCGAGAUACACUCAACGUUUUCAAUGAUCUCGUUAUUUGCGUCGUUGGUUUACAAUGAAUGUGUCAAAAAUCAGCAACACACAUUGACGAGUAAUUUAGUUAUUUAUUCUGCCCUCCCAAAACAACUGGAAACACGUGAGCUGACCUACCACGUCGUCGUCAGCUGAGACAGGCGACAUGGCGACUCCAGCGGGUUUCAAGGUUCUAUAUGAGCAUGAUGGAGUUUUUAUACACACCAACCCAGAAAGGAGUGAGGAGCAGGAUUCUCUGACUUCAGGAUCCCUGCGUGUCCUGGACCAGGAUGGAGACAUAGUGCUGGAAUAUAAACCCAUGGAGGAUGUUGACCACUCUGCCAUGCUGUGUGCUGCCAAGGAGUCUAGCUCUGUGUUUGAAUGGGGCCAGAGGCACCAGGGCGGGAGCCAAGACCCAGGAGACAAGCCUACCAGGCAGGUGGAGCACCAGCUGAGCUGUGAGACAGAAUGGGACAUGGUUCACACUGUUCAGUUCAGGAAGAAACCCAGCAACCAUGAAGGUGCUCCUCCUCAACCCGCUCCCAUCCCAGAGAAGAGUAAGGUUUCCCGGCUGUUCUUCCGUCUCAGUGACCUGGCCUCGGUCAGGGUGAAGGAGGAGGGCUGGUCCUACUUGGUGUUCACCCUCAGAGACCACAACAUGGGGGUUGAGCUGCCUGCCCUACACUUUCACCAGGGGGGUAGUGACGUCUUCCUGGACUGUCUCAGGAAGUACAUGCUGCUGACAGAGUCUACCACAGAUGCCUCCCUCCUCCAGGUCAGCCCCCACAGCAGAGCUCUGUCCCAGUCCUUUGAGAACCUGCUAGAUGAUGCCACCUUCGGUCUUAUUACGAAGUUUUCUCAGGACCCAGUCACCACUACGCUGGGUGGUUUCUCCAAGGUGACCAACUACCUGUAUGAUGCGUUCCGGGGUCCAGACACGGUGCUACUGAAGCAGAGGCCUGUCGGGGAGGUGGCUGACCUGCUGAAUGAGGCCAUACCUGGUCUGGACAUCAACCAGCUGGAGGAACCAGGCUUUGAGGUUAUCACCAGGAUUGAUCUUGGCGUGCUGCCAGCGGUCCGGCGUAGGGAGCCUGUUGGGGCGGAGGAGUGGAACUCCAACAUGGACCCUGAGGGACUGUGUGAGGAACAUCUGGGGCACCUUAAACAUAUCAUAUUCAAAGGGGGUCUGUGUCACGUGUUGAGGAAGGAGGGAUGGAAGUUUCUGCUGGGCUACUUCCCCUCGGAGAGCACCCUGGAGGAGAGGAGGAGUCUGACCAGGAGGAAAACGGAUGAGUACUUCCGUAUGAAGCUCCAGUGGAAGUCAGUGAGUGAGGAGCAGGAGAAACGCAACAGCAUGUUUAGAGACCACAGGAGUCUAAUAGAGAAAGACGUGAACAGGACCGAUCGGACCAACGCUUUCUAUGAAGGACAAGACAACCCAGGACUGAUCCUGCUGCACGAUGUCCUCAUGACCUACUGCAUGUAUGACUUUGACCUGGGCUAUGUCCAGGGUAUGAGUGACCUGCUGUCUCCGAUCCUCUAUGUGAUGGAGGACGAGGUGGACGCCUUCUGGUGCUUUGUCUCCUUCAUGGACCAGAUGCACCAGAACUUUGAGGAGCAGAUGCAGGGAAUGAAGACUCAACUGAUCCAGCUCAGCACUCUGCUACGACUACUGGACCUGUCCUUCUGGAACUACCUGGUGGCCCAGGACUCUGGUCACCUGUACUUCUGCUUUCGCUGGCUCCUGAUUCGCUUCAAGAGAGAACUGAGUUUCCCUGAUGUCCUGCGUCUUUGGGAGGUAAUGUGGACCGGGCUGCCGUGCCAGAACUUCCACCUGCUGGUGUGCUGUGCCAUCCUGGACUCAGAGAAACACCAGAUUAUGGAGAAACAAUAUGGCUUCAAUGAGAUCCUCAAGCUCAUAAAUGAACUGUCGAUGAAACUGGACAUCAGGGCCAUCCUCAACAAAGCUGAAGCUAUAUGCCUGCAGCUGAAGAGUUGUAAGGAUUUGCCCAACUCCGUGGUUGAGAUGCUUGGAUUCAACAGCACAGACACUGAGUCAUCAUCCCAGUCAGAGGACACUGAGAGAACGGACAGACCGGACUCUCCCGAACCUUCUACACCGUCAGACGACCAGCAGGACUUAGUCUCUGAGUACAACCCCAGCGGCAACAACGGACACUUACGGGACGCAGCGCGUGACGUUUACAAAUUAGCCUACAUAUCGUAGCCAGCCUGGCGAGCAGUAGUCGCUCGUCCAGUGAGAGAUUUGGUUCUGGUGGCUGAGACUAG